AUGAUUGAAAAGCAACUCGAGAUUACAAAAGAGAUAAGAUUCUCCGGAAUAGAUCAGCCAUGUGAUAGUUUUGAAGAAGAAGAUGAUAAUAAUAGUAGUAACAAUAGAAAUGAUAACUCCUACCUUGAGCAUGCAUUCAAUAAAGUUAAACUCUUAUCUGAUAAAAUAGAUGGGCUUGGAGUAGAGACUACAGGUAUAGAUCGUAUAUCACCAUAUGAACGUGGAACUAAAACCAAACAAUUUUUACAUGUAGCAGGCUAUUGGCUUAGUGCGACAGGAUCUCUUUCCUCCAUGUCUUCAUUUCUUUUAGGACCAUUACUAUUUGAAUUGACAUUUAAACAAACCAUGUGUUCAGGGAUGAUUUCAAUGGUCAUUGGCUGUCUCGUGGCUGCCUAUUGUUCUAUUAUGGGUCCACAGUCAGGUUGUAGACAAAUGGUCACCGCAAGAUACCUUUUUGGAUGGUGGUUUGUUAAAUUUGUCGCGUUAGUUGCCAUUAUUGGUGUUAUGGGUUGGUCUGUUGUCAAUUCAGUGGUUGGUGGUGAAAUGUUGGCUUCUAUUUCUAACGACAAAGUGCCAUCAUGGGUGGGGAUUGUCAUUGUUACGGCUUGUUCAUUUUUGGUAGCCGUAUUUGGUAUCAAACAAGUGUUGAGAGUGGAGACAUUUCUAUCUAUUCCGGUGUUGACUUGUUUCACACUAUUAUAUAUAUCAUCAAGCGACAAGUACCAUAUGCUAAGUGAUUUUCAAAACGCCACAUUAAAUAAAGAUACCUUAAAGGGGAACUGGUUAAGUUUCUUUUCCCUUUGUUACAGUAUUACAGCCACCUGGGGGUCAAUUACUGCUGAUUAUUACAUUUUGUUCCCAGAAGACACAUUGAAGUUCCAAGUCUUUGUGUUGACAUUCUUCGGUACUGCCGUACCAACCCUAUUCGUAGGUACAUUAGGUGUCUGCUUAGCUACGGUAGCCGCAACAUAUGAACCAUGGGACGAUUCGUAUAAGAAGUAUGGUAUGGGUGGUCUUCUACAUUCUGGUUUUAAACGUUGGAAUGGAUUCGGUAAAUUUUGUGUCGUUGUACUAAUCUUAAGUUUAGUAUCGAAUAAUAUUAUUAAUACUUAUUCAGCUGCCUUCUCUGUCCAACUAUCAAGUGUUCGUGCAGCCAAGGUUCCUCGUUGGUUUUGGUCCAUUUGUUGUACUGUAGUGUAUUUAGUUUGUGCACUUGUUGGUCGUGAUCACUUCAGUACUAUCUUGGGUAAUUUUUUACCUAUGAUUGGUUAUUGGAUUAGUAUGUAUUUCAUUUUACUAUUAGAAGAGAACGAAAUCUUUAGAAGGUAUUUCUUACAUCUAUACACAAAGGAAUUUCCAGAUUAUAAGAAAACCGAUAGCUCAAGUGUAACGGAUAUCGAAGAUAGUGAAGAUCCUCACGUUAGUCAAUCAUCUGGUAUUAUGGUUAAUAACUCUUCUCAAGUCAUCGAGAAAAGAGAAGUGAUAACUAAUAUCCACGCUCUUAAAAGAAAACAUAUUUCCACUAAAAAUAGAUAUAAUUGGGAUAAGUGGGAUGAUGCUGAAGUACUAACACAUGGAUAUGCAGCAACUUUGUCGUUUAUCGUAGGUAUUGCAGGUGUUGUCAUUGGUAUGGCCCAAGCUUACUGGAUCGGGCCUGUAGCAGCUAAAUUCGGUGAGUUUGGAGGGGAUAUUGCCAUGUGGCUAAGCAUGGGAUUUUCAGGCGUUGUUUAUCCUCCCUUAAGAUAUUGGGAGUUACGUAGAUAUGGGCGUUAA